CUCCGCAGUCCUUCUCCCUCGUCCCGGAGGCGAACCAUGGGACGCGCGAAGCCUAUUGCCAGCCAAGAGCUUUGGGGGCGGUGCAGGAUCGAACACCUCCUGCGGUGAGCUCCACGAUAUGAGAAGUCUGGAACCGCCGCCGCCACAACUCGGGCGCGCCGCGGCGCCGGAGACCCCGUUGGUCGCAGAGCCUCCCCUUUGCCCUCCGCACCGCCCGUGUCCUCAGCUCGUCGCAAAGCGCGGGCGCCUGCUGCCCCUCGCCGACAGCGAUCUCCCGGAGUGGCUGGGGCGGGCCUGGUCAGGCGCCUCCCCUCGCGGGCGCGCGGGCCCAGCCGGCGCGCUGCCGCACUGGCCCGGGCCCGUGCGCCACGCGGCCCUCCUGCGGCCAUCGACGUCAAGCGGCCCGCGGAGCGCGAGCCCCAGCAGGGCGGGGGGCCGCUCGUCCUCCCCCGCGGCCGCGCGGGCUCGAUGGAGUCCCGUGCCGGCUCUGGCAGGCGGCGGGGACACAUCGAAGAUUGGUCGGAGGUCGACUCGGCGUCGCUCAGCUGGCCGCUCGGCGGGUCGCCCAUCGCCUCCCUGCGGGCCGGCUCCGCGCUGGGCACCACGGGCAGCGCGAGCGCCUCGACCACGCGCCGCCCCGGCGCUCCGCUGCCCGCGCGAGGCUGGAAGCUCCCCCCGACGAGCUGCUCCCCCUCGGGAUGGCCGUUGGGAGUCGAAGCAGCGGGCGGCCCGGAGGGACGCAGCCAAACAGGCCUGCGGAUCCUGCCGGGGCCGAAGGCGCCAGGGCCGGGCAGGGCCUCCCCGUGGCCGCCGGGCGGCCGGCGCGGGGCCGAGUGGCGGCGCCACCUGCCCGCGCCGGGGAGCCUGUGGGCGCCCCUGGGAGUCGACGGUGGUCUCGGUGCGGGCGCCGCGCCGGAUGCCUCCGCCCACGCCAGCGCCGGCCGCGGUCGCCGGGACUGCUCGCCGGCGGCCGGGCGCCGGGCGCCCGAGAGGCUCAUCCUCCCUCUCGAGGCCUCGAGGAUCGGCGGAAGUGAAGAUGUGUAGCGCAGGGUGCUUACUCACCCCCCCGCUUGAGCCAGAACU